UACAUAAAGGAUCAAAAUAAAACAAACCCAAUACAUUAGGAACUAUUUUGAUCAUUUUCUCAUCUUUGCGUAAUUGUGUGAGGGUUUUGUUCAGAAUCGUCAGGAAGUAGCCGGAGAAGCUCUCAAUCCACAGGAAGCUCAACAAUGGCGUGGAGGCAAAUUCUAUUUUCCAACAGAAGAUUACUUUCAGUACCUUCAAACUCUGUGACAUCUGGGUUCGCUAGCUUUUCCUCUAAAUCCAAUCCUUAUAUAGUGAAGGUGGGGAUUCCAGAGUUUUUGAAUGGAGUAGGGAAGGGGGUAGAGACGCACGUUGAGAAGCUUGAAUCGGAGAUUGGAGAUUUCUCGAAGCUUCUUGUUACUCGCACUCUUAAGCUCAAGAAACUUGGCAUCCCUUGUAAACAUAGGAAGCUGAUACUGAAGUACACUCACAAAUAUAGGCUGGGACUUUGGAGGCCCAGAGCUGAACCUGUGAAAGCUUAAUUAAUUCAUUUUGUUGGUAGUAUUUCUCAUGAAGAAAAACUUUCUGCUAUGAUGCUCAUGUUUUGUACUUGGAUGGAUGUUUCAUAGGGGGUAGCCAACUGCAUCAGGGUUUUUUUCCCCCUGUUUGGAAUUGUCUUUUGAUCAAUAGAGUGAGAAUUAGGCAUUUGCAUUGUAUGAAUACAUCAAAUAACUAAUGCCCUCUUUAUUUUCCUUCUAUUGAGUAUAAAUUG